GAUAAACCGCGAUCACUUGAUUUCUGUCUCUGCUCGCAAUGGUGCGGCCUCCAGGAAAAGCUGCGAGGUGCUGGGGACUUCUCCUCGUUGCAGUGCUGUGCAAUCUGCAGGCCUUUGUGGGUGUGACCAAGAGUCCCUCAAGGCCGCGAGUGGCAGCUGCGGCAGAGCGCACAGUGGCAGAGGACAAGGAGAUCUCCGACAAGCUGGAUGAGGUCUUGAGGAAAAAAUUGAAAAAUGAGGACGGCACGGAGAAGAGUGGCCUGAGCGAAUCAGCACGAAAGGCUGUGGACAAAGUGGCAGGUGUGAAGAGAAGGCAGCUUAAGGCACCCAAGAAGAAGUCCAGAUCGAUUGUGAAGAAAAGCUUGGACGAGGUGCUGAAGUCCGCCAGCGAGGAUGAUGACAAGGGAAAUUACCUGCCAGCGAAGCGAGAUGUCUACAAGGAGGUCGGCAUCACAAGGACGGAGGUGGAACGUUAUUGGAAGAGAAGGGAUGAAAGCAGCAAGAACUUCGUGGACAAAUUCGUUGGUGCCAUGGCUUUGUACCGCUGA